AUGACUCAACGCAGAUCUGAAAUUUUUGUUGUUCCACAAUCGGUGACCGUUGGACACAGUUCUCCUUCAAUCACUUCAUUUAAUGAUAUUGAAUCAUGUAAAUUCGCUAUUAAUUCGUUACCAGAUGAUCGGAUAGAAUUAAUUUUGCCAGCUAUUAAUGAUAUAAUGGAAUACUUACCCGUAUUAUCGACUUUAAAUCAAAUAUCUUAUAUAUUUAUCUAUUAUUCGAAUGAACCAAAUGAAUAUAUUCAGGAUAUAUGGACAAGUUUUUCAACUCAAUUUUUCAAAAUUCGUAAACCUUUUAGGCAAGAAAAUUUAAUAUUAUAUUUCAAUACGAUUGAGGCAACUAAUUUGAAUAAACAAUCAGAUCAACGUUCAUUCGACCAGGAAGAAUUUAGAAAAUGUGUUCAACAACUGAAAGAAAAUACGAAUAGAAAAAUUGAACAACCUUCAGACACAACAAUUGUGACCAGUAAUACUGUCGUACAACAGCUAGAUAACAGUAAUUCUUUUGAGACGUCUCAUAUUGAGCGUGAUGAUGAAUGGAAUUAUGGCUGUGACGCUUACAACAAAGAACAAUUAGAUUCAAAAUUUAUUUGUCCACAAUGCAAGUUGCUUUUAAGAAAUCCCGUGCAAUUAACCAACUGUGGUCAUCGGUUAUGUCAGACAUGUAUCCCAUCUCAAGCAGAAACGAUUUGUCCAGAAUGUUCGGUAACGACGCAAAAUGAUAAACUUAUGCUUGAUAAAGGAUUUGGAAAAGAAAUUUCGGUAGUAUUAAUUAUCUGUAUAAAAAAGGCUGAUGGUUGCAAAUGGAGUGGAAAAUUCAAAGACUACCAGGCCCAUCUUGCUACACAUCGUAAAAACAAUCAUCAAUGCGAAUAUUGUAAAGCGAUCUUGUCAUCAAAAUAUUCGCUUGCUGAACAUCAAAAACAUUUAUGUAGAGACGUAACACAAUUAUGUUUGUUAGCAAAACAUGGAUGCCUACAAGAAAAAAUUCCGCGAUCAGAUAUGGCUAGGCAUUAUUUAACUGAACAGCAUCAGACAAGUAUUCAUUUGUUUCUUCAACAUAUUAUGCAGGUGUUUCAAUCACGCCCGGAUGCCAACAAUCUCACAACUACAGCGACGCCUGGAAUAUUCGAUCUAUCGUCAUUAUUAUCAAUUACUGAUUCUUCUUCAUCAACCGUGACAGCUAUCAACGAUUGUUAUUCUCAACUGCAGCAAAUGUAUGAGACGCUGACAACAUUAACGCCAUGCAUACCAACAUUAAGUGAAGACUCGAUUCGUUUAAGUAUAGAAUCAUUAAGUCAUAAAAAUCUCUUGGAAUGGUGUCAUAAUGAAAAAAAUCAACUCAAACAGUCAAUAGUGGAGAUAGAUUCCUAUAAUAGAGCUGUUUCAGCGAAUCAGGAAAUGUUACAACAGGAAAUAUCAAGCGUAAAACAGAAAGCCGAAGAUUUAAAAUCAAUAUCCUAUGAUGGAACUCUAACAUGGAAGAUAAGUAAUGUCUCAGAGAAAAUGGCCGAUGCUGAAUCGGAGAGACAAACAAGUAUCUACUCACCACAUUUUUACUCAUCACCAACUGGUUAUAAAAUGCGUAUUCGACUUUAUUUACAUGGUGAUGGUAAUGCCCGACGAACACAUAUGUCUCUCUUCUUUCUCCUAAUGCGUGGCGAAUAUGAUGCUAUCCUUAAAUGGCCAUUUAAUUUUAAGGUGACCUUUUGCUUGUUUGAUCAGUCAGGGCAACAGAAACACAUUAUCGAUUCUUUCCGACCUGAUAUAAAGUCGAAUAGUUUUCAGCGUCCUAGAAGUGAAAUGAAUAUUGCUAGCGGUAUACCGAAAUUCUUUCCGUUAUCAAUGAUAUUGCAAGACAAUAAUGAUUAUAUCAAAAAUGAUAUUAUAUACAUUAAAUGUAUAAUUGAUUUUGGUGACAUCUCAAAAAUAAUUCUUCCCUAUGCCCUCAGUUUAAAUCCCGCAUUACCUCACCAUGUUCAAAGAAAUAUGAUACAAACUGAAACCGACCGACGACUCCAACUUCAACAACAGCAACCAUCAACACCGGCUACUACCAUCACUACUACCAACAAUAGUAGCAAUACGUUUCAAAUCUUUAACAACAACAAUGCAAUUAUCGUACAAGAUACAAAUAAUUCCCAACCUGUACCACCUGAUCCUGCACAAAAUGCAUCAGUGAUGAACUCAAGUCACGCAUCAAUCAUGACCACUCAUUCACCUGCAGCACAACAGCAGUGCAGUCAGGCCACCGCAUCAGUCGACGAACAGCUGCCACCAUCAAAGAAAAAGAAGAAAAAUAAUUCAGAUACCAAUGGAAGAGAGGAUGAUAUUAUAACAGAAUAA